GGGGAUGCCAGUAUCAGUGGCACUGUGGCACUGUGAGGGUGACAAGGAAUCCUGAUAGAGUGACUAACGAAUAUAGGGCGUUUUAAAAGGGAAGUAAGGUGUGGCACCAAGAUGGCUCGCGGAUAAGGCAGCAUGGCCCUCCUUCUCUUCGCCGGCCUGGCACUGUGGGCGGUGCCAGUCCAGGCCCACAGCAAAUACCACGAUUUCCACCAUGACCCGACCUUCUAUGCCAACCGGAGCAACUUCACAACUUCUCAAUUCUAUUCGGGCCAGCAGGAAGUCGGCGGCGAGGCACUGACGGACCACUUGGCACUCGAGAUCGACGCCGAGGAGAGCCACGCGAGGGAGCUGGCGGCGAAGUAUAGAUUGCACUACGUGUCGAAGGUGUUCGAGAGGCCAUCCGUGUACCAUUUCCACAGGCCUUCGGGGAGACAAAAACGAUCAUUGAAUAACUCUGCUCUUCUGAGUGCCCUCGCGAAGGAACCCGGGGUACGGUGGGUAGACCAACAGAAAUCGCUCAUACGAGUCAAGAGAAACGCCCUCUACGACCUCUCUUCCCAUACUAAGACUCGCACCCUAAAAAGCCUCGCUGAAGUGUUAGGGGGACGUCGAGAGGAGAGAGAACGCGAGAACGAAUCCAAUCUUCGGUCUCAAGAGAGAGAUUUGUGGAUUCAGGAGAACGGGGACCUUGUGGGUAGAUCGCGUACGUGGGCGUGGAUACCCGCGCGACUGCCGGGGCGUUUUGUGAGGCCGUACCGAGGUGGAUAUGGUGAGGAUCUGAGGUCCUAUGAGAAGCGUGAAUAUCAGAGGGAGUUUGGAAAUGAGGUUUUGGAUUCGGAGCCUGUUUCGAACGGCGGUCUGCGAGUCCAAAGCAUGAGCGGAUUGGAGGAACUGGCUGGCACGGGAUUGGAUUUUAACGACCCUUACUUCAAGGAUCAGUGGUAUUUGCACAACACAGGCCAGCUGGGUCGUCCCGGCUACGACCUGAACGUGAUAGGGGCGUGGCGUCGUGGAUACACAGGUCGUGGUGUCGUUCUCUCUGUUCUCGACGACGGGAUUCAAGGCAAGAACGCAGACAUCGCCGAUAACUACGCGAAGGACAUCAGUUACUCGGUAGUUCGCGACGGCCAGGACUUGCGCGACGCCAACCCGCGCCUCGACCCCGCCUUCUCCAACUCCCACGGCACCUACUGCGCCGCCGCCAUCGCCGCCGUCUCCAACAACGAGGUGUGCGGCGUCGGGGUGGCCUACGACGCCAAAGUGGGAGGAGUCCGCUUGGUCGACGGCUCAGUCACGGACAUCCAGGAGGCGACGGCGCUCUCCCGCAACGUGGAGGCCGUGGGAGUCUUCAGCGCCUCUUGGGGGCCUACUGACGACGGGACCAAGGCCGAGGGUCCGGGGCGCUUCGGCAAGCAGGCCUUCCGACGCGGGGUGUUGGAGGGUCGAGACGGCAAGGGCGUGAUCUACGUGUGGGCGUCUGGAAACGGAGGCCUGGAAGGAGAUAACUGUAAUCUGGAUGGUUACGCCUCUUCUAUCUAUACCCUGUCGGUGUCUGCCCUCACCGACACGGGCGCCUCGGUCUUCUACGGGGAGCCUUGUGCCUCGACGGUCGCGGGCGUGUUCGUGGGCGGGGAGCAUAGCCUGGAGGAGGCGCUGAGGAAGAGGAGGAGGCAUGAAGAGGAUAUCCAUUUGGUCGUUCCCGAGUUGGACGGUCACUGCAGCAGCUCCUUCCAAGGUUCCUCGGCCGCUGCGCCUCUCAUGGCAGGCGUGGUGGCUCUCGUGCUUCAAGCCAACCCCUCCCUGACGUGGCGUGACGUGCAGCACCUGGUGGUCGAGACCGCUCGUCCGACGCGAGAGGCCGCUCAGGAGGACGGCUGGCAGACAAACGCCCUCGGCAGGAGGUUCCAUCUUAUGCAGGGCUACGGAGCGGUGGACGCAGGAAACCUCGUCGAAAGUGCUCUGACCUGGGAAAAUGUUGAACCUCAGAAAAACACAACAAUAAAGAUGUUCGAUGGCUACAGGCCGAUCCCUUCCAACGACUGGCUCAACGUCACAGGGAAACUUGAUCCUUCGAAUUCCUUGACGAAAGUGGAACACGUGGCGGCCAACGUCACUCUGUCUCAUAGGCAGAGGGGGAAGCUGAGGAUUUACGUCGUGUCACCGUCAGGCACCACGUCACAGGUACUGACCCAUCGCGCCCAAGAUAAAAGCACAUCAGGAUUCACUCACUGGCCCUUCACUUCAGUUCACUUCUGGGGCGAAAAUCCUCAAGGUCUCUGGACUGUGGCGAUCAAGGACGACUCGGAACUGAAAGGAAGCCUCAGAAAAGUGGAUUUCGUGGUCUUUGGAACGUGACAGGGUGUAAAGAGGGUGUCGUUUUGCUGUGUUGCAAGACGUCGGUGGUUGCAAGGAGUUAGCUGUGGUGUUGUUUUGCUGUGUUGCAAGACGUCGGUGGUUGCAAGGAGUUAGCUGUGGUGUUGUUUUGCUGUGUUGCAAGACGUCGGUGGUUGCAAGGAGUUAGCUGUGGUGUUGUUUUGCUGUUGUUGUUAUGUUAAAUUAUUCGUGAUUUUGUUUCUACUUCUCUUUGAUUUGUCUUUUCUUUGCUGUUUUUUCUUAUUCUGUUUCUUCUUCGUUUUUUUUUUAUUUUUUCUUCUU